CCCUAGCUGAAAGCCCUUCCUCCUCGGGGUAAACUUUGCCUUUUGAUUGGUCGGACGAGCCGGGCCCUGGAGCCAAUCAGCGCCUUCGUCGGUUCCGCAGCUCCACGUCGGCACCAACUGCGGGGCAAGAUGGAGGCUCUGAUCCUGGAACCUUCUCUGUACACAGUCAAAGCCAUCCUGAUCCUGGACAAUGAUGGAGAGCGGCUCUUUGCCAAGUACUAUGACGAGACCUACCCCAGUGUCAAGGAGCAGAAGGCUUUUGAGAAGAACAUUUUCAACAAGACCCACCGGACUGACAGUGAGAUUGCCCUCUUGGAGGGACUGACUGUGGUAUACAAGGGCAGCAUCGAUCUCUACUUUUAUGUGAUUGGCAGCUCCUAUGAAAACGAGCUGAUGCUCAUGGCUGUCCUGAACUGCCUCUUUGACUCUUUGAGCCAGAUGCUGAGGAAGAAUGUUGAGAAACGAGCACUGCUAGAGAAUAUGGAGGGCCUUUUCCUUGCUGUAGAUGAGAUCGUGGAUGGAGGGGUGAUUCUGGAGAGUGACCCUCAGCAAGUGGUACAUAGAGUAGCAUUACGGGGUGAAGACGUCCCCCUUACCGAGCAGACUGUGUCUCAGGUAUUGCAGUCGGCAAAGGAACAGAUCAAGUGGUCGCUGCUUCGGUGAAGACUCCAUUGCCCCCUGCUCCCUUCCCCAAGCCAUUUGUUUACUGUGAUGCCCCCCAACCCUCUUGCACUGGACUGAUUAUCUCAGGGCCCCUUCAGGAUGAACAAUAGGGGCCUUCUCUCCAUUCUUCUCCCCACCUUUCUCUGCCUUCCCUCUCCUGUCUUUGUCUUCUUCCCAGAAUUAUUCUGAAGACCAAAAACUAGGCUUGAACCAAGAGAGGGGUUAUGGCCUUCCUGGCUUUCUCAUCUCCACUAUCUACUACUGUUCAAGCAGUGAGGUUCCUGGAAAUGGCUCGGGGCCCUAGCAGAGCUGGGAACAGAACAGGGUGACCCCCAGCAUGUGCCCCCAGAUCAAAGCUUUAGAGAGCUGUACCCUGGCCCUGAUCCCAAAUAGGGAGAAUGAGAAUCGUUCUACCCAGAGGCCCCCAGAUUUUAUCAGUUUCUCAUGUGUUUCCUAUUAGUCCUGCUUACUAUCCCCAGCCUUCCAAAAAAAGGAGAAAAACAGCUUAGGGAGACGGAGGCAGGCAAGACAGCUGCUGCCUGACAACUCUGUAAUUGGGAUGGGAGCAGGGAUUUGGGGCAACAGGGUGAAGGAGAGGCAGAUACCGCCUUUCCUCAGUUACUCUCUCUAGCUCUCCCCAACCCCAAUUCCAGGCCUGAUUUAUAGACCCAAAUUAUUCUGGGGCCUGGGAGAAGGGUGCAUCUUGGGGGUAUAAGUUGUCUAGUCAAUCCCCCAUAAAUCUGCACUCUUUUCCCCGAAUAGGGUUUUGGACACCAUGUUCCCCUUCAUUCUGGGACAGAGCCAGUCUCCAGGAUGAGAAAGCUCGGCCUCCAGGCCCUGAAAGACGGGUUUUCUGCCCAGAAUGGGGGGGGGUGGAUUUAUGGGCUCCCCUGGCCCCCACCACAGCCCUGCACGUUUGAGAAGUGCUCCAGCCUCGGGACUCCAGACCUUGAUCUUGGCUCUUGCCUCAGGCCCCUGGGCAGCAGGAUCCGGGCUCCUAGACUCCUGGGAGCCUCCUGUUGGGGUAUGGUGAGGAUCUCUCCUAGGACACCAGAGGGGGCGGGCUUGGAGCUCUCAGAGACCCACCUUCCCUUAAAUCAGAGCGCCCUCGCUGCCCUACUUCAUCUAACCCCUUACGUGGGCCUCUGUCCUAACGCUGCCCACGGGCACGUGACCGGAAAGAAGACCUGGAGGAAGGGAUGGGGGGGGGGAACCGCCCGGGGACCCCACCGCACGGAAGGCUGGGAAUAAAGCGUCUUGUUUUCUCAA